AUGUCUCGGGAGGGACUGGGGCCGGACUCGUACACACAGCAGAGCCCCGUAGCCGUGAAGGAAGAGAUCCUGCCGAGUCCCUGGGCGAGCUGGGACGAGGAGGAUGGAGCCAGGAGAGGGGCAGGUCUGUGCAGCACCUCUCACCCCCUGGGUGUCGCACAGCAGUGGCAGCUGGAAGCCAGCCCGGUUCUGAAGGACAUCUCCCAGCUCCAGGUGCGGAGGGACAGAGUGCGGCGGCGCCAGAGGGAGCCCGAAGAUGAGGAGGGCUUUGUUCCCAAGAAGCUGCAGAGGCUGGGCCAGCGGAGCCGGCUGCUCGCCAGCCAUGGGGUUGCCAGGAGAGACCCCCUUGCCAAGAGCCACUGCUGGGCACCAGAGCUGCUGUCCCCCCAACUGCUGCCCUGGCAGAAUGACACCACCGUGCCCCAGGGGAUGGAGAACCUGGUGACUACACCAGUGAUGAGGAAGGCGGCAAAGCUGCGUCUGGGGAAGCACAGCCAGUGCUGGCAGCCCUUCCGCUUGCCCUCUGGGCCCAGCAGUGCUCCCAGGCCCGUCCUGAAGUGGGGACAGCCCUCGGACAUGGACAACCCUGUCAAGGCCAAGCGGCGGGGGAAGGUGGCUGGCAGCUGUGACCAGGAGGCAUCGGUGGAGCUGGGAGUGUGGCUGGAGCCUUCCAAGUCUGCCCAGCUUGAGGAGAUCAAGAACCUGCUGGCCAAUGAUGACCAGGAGCUCAUUGGGGACUUUUCCAAGCCUCACCUCCUGCCGAUGGUGGAGGGGAAGGACCAGGGCCUGAAGUACAUCUCCCCUGGCAUGCUGGCAGCAGUGCUUACAGGACACUUCAGCAGCUUCAUCGAGAGCAGCAUCGUCGUGGACUGCCGGUACCCCUACGAGUACGAGGGGGGCCACAUCAAGGGCGCUGUCAACCUGCCGCUGCAGCGGGACGUGGAGGAAUUCCUGCUGGAGCAGCCCAUCGUGCCCCUGGACGUCAGCAAGAGAGUGAUCAUCAUCUUCCACUGCGAGUUCUCCGUUGAGCGGGGGCCCAAAAUGUGCAAGUUCCUGCGGGAGAGGGAUCGGUCCUGCCACGAGUACCCCCAACUGCACUACCCCGAGCUCUACGUCUUGAAGGGGGGGUACCGCGAGUUCUUCUUCCAAUUCCCGAGCCACUGCGAACCCCGGGACUAUCGGCCCAUGGAGCACCCGGCGUUCAAGGAGGAGCUGCGCAAAUUCCGCGGGCAAAGCCGGCGCGGCCGGCGGGCGCUCUUAAUCUGCGGGCGGAACCUGUGAGCGCUCGGGGGUCCUGCAGCCCCAGGGGAACGCUGGAGAUUGUA